AUGUCGUUCAACAUCACCUGGGACUCAUUUGAGAAGGAUUCUUUGAAAUCUUGGUGCAAACAGAUACUACAUGAUUCUCUAAAUAAUUCAAACAAGAGACCAAGUAUAUUGGCUUCAAAUAUCAUAAUACAAGACUUGAAUUUUGGUAAAAUAUCGCCCAAUUUUGAAAUUCUAGAAAUUGGUGAUUUAGCUUCUGAUAGGUUUAGAGGUAUAUUCAAAAUUAAAUAUAAUGGCGAUGCUCAUAUCACUUUAUUUACAAAUAUUCAGGCAAAUCCUAUAAAUAUUUAUUGGAAAAACACUGUUAAUAAUUUGCUUAACAACAACCCCGAAUUCAAUAUUUUGCCAGAAUUAGGUUCUAUAUCUCAAAAUUUAUCCAUUCCUGUUAAUUUGAAAUUAUCAAAGAUUAAAAUAUCUGCAAUUAUUGUAAUAGUAUUCAGUAAAUCAAAGGGUUUAACACUAGUUUUUAAAAACGAUCCUUUAGAAAAUAUAGAAGUUAGCUCAACUUUUGAUACUGUGCCUGCUAUAAGAAAUUUUCUACAGAAACAAAUUGAAAAGAAGAUUAGAGAUUUAUUUAGAGAAAUUUUGCCUGGAGUAUUAUACCAAUAUUCUCAAAAAUAUGUAGCAAAUCAACUUCAUCCUCAAUUGUUAAAUCAAAAAAGACAAUCUAAAUUUAAUAAUUAUAAUAACAAUAUCGCUGCCACUACAACUGCAACUACUAAUACUAUUACUAUUACUAAUAAUAAUAAUAAUAAUGAAAACGAAAACGAUAAUGAAAAUGGAAGUGAAGUUAAAAAAAUUACAAUAGCUGACAUAAAUCCAGAUGGGCCAGAUUUAUCUCCUGCCAACAUGUUAAGAUUAUCGACUUUAUCUUCUUCAAGACAAACACUAUCUUUAGAUGUUUUCAAAAUUGAUGAUUUUGUUCAAAGAUCUUCAAUAGAGUUUUUCAAUCUAUAUGAUAAUCAAUUGACUCAAUAUUUAAAUAUAAAUUCUUUAAAUUUACCAUUUUCACAAGACUAUGACUCAAAUAAAAUAUCCAAAUACUUAAAUAACAUAUCAAACUUCCAAAUUAAUAAUUAUAAAAAAUCAAAUGGAAAUAAUAGUAAUCAAAAACCAAGGAGAAGAGUUAUACACAUAAACAAGAAAAAGAACAAAACCAAAAACAAAGACAAAAAUAAACCAAUAGAAAAUGAUAUUUUAAUUAGUAAUCAAAAUAAUCAAAAUAAUCAAAAUACUAAUAACAAUAAUAUCAUUAAUAAUAAUUUAAAUAUACACCAAGAGCCAAAGAUUCAACCAAAUAAUACAUCAAAUAAUACAUCAAAUAAUACAUCAAUACCUGAAUCAAAAGCACCCUCGCCUUUGGCUGUGUUUAUUCAAAAUUCAAAGCAAGAUGAUCACCCCAUUCCCACUUAUGAAGAAUCUACGCUUAUUGGCUCGGAAAUAUCUUCAGCAUAUAACUACGAUACAAAAUCUGAAAGAGAUUACUACGAUGAAAAGGCACUAAUUAAGAGUCCUCCUCCUUUAUAUCACUCACAACCUUCGAGAAGAAACCAAUCUCCUCCUUCUCGUAAUAACCACCGCAGUUUCGAGAUACGGAUAAGACCUUCGUUAUACACUUAUUCUUCAGUUUUAUCUCUUUCAUUAGGAGUUUGA